CAACAACUCCUGUGUCCCUGUGAACUAAAAAUGCACAUUUUUUGAAUGGAAUUUAGUGAGAUGGAGUGAGUGGUUGCAUAAGAUGCACAAAAACUUCAAAUUUCUGGUUGAAAAUAUUCAGACGUUAUGUUAAAAUGCCAGUAAAAAAAUACUGUGUAUGGAGAAAUCUGGUGCCAAAUAAACUAAAAUGUUUCUGUGUCAUCAGGUCACAGUGACUUAAACCUCAGUGUGUCAACAAGCUACAAGGUUAUUGACCCUGACAAAAAACAUCCAGAACUUUAAUUUAUUUAAUUUUAUUUAACUCUGUUCACGAUCGCCCGUCUCGUCAUCGAGGAACAAAAAUAUUUAUUUAAACCAACACUGCGGUUUCCAUGAGGCCAUAAUAUGACAUUUAAAUCAAUAAUGAUAAAUGAUUGCUGUAGCCUCAUCUGUCACCAACACACACCCCGUCUCCUCGUCGUCAAACGUCCUCAGUCUCUGUUCAAACUCUGAGACGCAGACAUGUUGAAGAAGCUGCUGCUGGUUCUGCUGUGUUGGACAUGGACGAGCUCAGCGGUCGUCAGGAUUCCCCUGAAGCGGGUGCGUUCCAUUCGCUCGCAGCUGCGAGUCGACGGCCGGCUGGAGGAGUUCCUGAAGGACCACCACCCCGACAUGUUCAGCCGCCGCUACGCUCAGUGCUUCCCGCCCGGCACGCCGUCGCUGCGACUGGGACGCUCCAGUGAGAGGAUCUACAACUUCAUGGACGCUCAGUUCUACGGUGAAAUCAAGUUGGGGACUCCGGAGCAGAACUUCUCCGUGGUGUUUGACACCGGCUCGGCCGACCUGUGGGUGCCAUCGAGCUACUGUGUCAGCGAGGCCUGCGUGUCACACCGGCGCUUCAGGGCGUUUGACUCCACGACGUUUCGUCAUGACGGUCGGAUGUUUGGGAUUCAUUAUGGAUCUGGUCACCUGCUGGGCGUCAUGGCCAGAGACACUCUGAAGGUUGGUGAAGUCAGUGUCCUGAACCAGGAGUUUGGAGAGUCGGUCUACGAACCCGGUGCUACCUUUGCAAUGGCGAAGUUUGACGGCGUUCUGGGAAUGGGUUACCCGUCCCUUGCAGAAAUACUUGGGAACCCCGUUUUUGACAGCAUGUUGGCGCAGAAGGCGGUGGAACAGCCCAUCUUCUCCUUCUACCUUAGCAGGAAAUCCAGUAGCAACAGACCAGAGGGUGAGCUGAUGUUGGGGGGAACAGACGAGUCCUUGUACACUGGGCCAAUUAACUGGAUUCCAGUGACUGCAAAGGGAUACUGGCAAAUCAAAGUGGACAGUGUGGCGGUACAAGGUAUGAGUUCCUUUUGUCCUCACGGUUGCCAAGCGAUUGUCGAUACCGGAACCUCCCUCAUUGCUGGACCGACCUCUGACAUCCUCAACCUCCAGCAGCUGAUUGGAGCCACACCCACAAACAUUGGAGAAUUUCUGAUCGACUGUGUCAGGUUGUCCAGUUUGCCUCAUGUGACGUUUGUCCUGGGAGGACAAGAGUACACGCUGACGGCUGAACAAUACGUCCGUAAGGAGAUGCUCGGCGACAAGCAGCUGUGUUUCAGCGGUUUCCAAACCGUGGACAUCUUGUCCCCCGAGGGACCGCUGUGGAUCCUGGGAGACGUCUUUCUGACCGAGUACUACAGCAUCUUCGACAGAGGGCAGAACCGGGUCGGCUUUGCACCUGCGAGACACCCGAGCGUAACAGUGACCCAACAAUAGCUGACGGCUCAAUACCAUCAAUAAACAUAUCAAGUUAAAAAAGAAAAAAAGAAAAGAAAU